GGAGGGGCAGAGAGAAAGGGAGUGCAGGGACAGAACUUAGAGUGGUCUAAUGAGAGAGAGAAAGGAAGGAAGAAAAGAACAGAAGAAAGUGCAGAGGCCACUUUCUAGGCCAGACCAUGAGGUGGUUCUAGGAAAGGACCAUAGUGGCAGCUCUGCUACAACUAAGCAUGAGCAAGAGUAGAGACAUGGAAAGCUCAAAGAGUAUGAUGCAGGAAUCCAGAUCGAAGCCAGCUUUGUGGGGGGGCACACCGCAAUACGACUAUAUCUGCUUUGAGAAAUGCACCUGUUACGGGAUACCCUUGGAGGCGGGACGCGAGGCCGGGGGAACAGGGGACAACCUGCACUACCUGGAGAACUCCCUCAGCCACCCACAGCUUUAUGGGCAGUACACAGACCAGGAAACUGACUUUGCUGAGAAGGAAGCAGCAAAACUACUGAACACAAACCAGGCCCAAAAGAACAACGAAAGACCCCUGAAACGUGAGAGUCAAGUAGAGAUAAAAGAAGAACGCUAUUCCAAAUGCCAAGACUGUGCUAGACACCUCCAGAAAUAUGUUACCAGGAAGCUUGGAGAGGACUGGAUUUUCUUGGUUCUGUUGGGUCUGGUCAUGGCGUUGGUGAGCUGGGGAAUGGAUUAUGCCAGUGCAAAGAGCCUACAGGCCUACAAGUGGAUGUACAGAGAGGUGCACCCGAAUGUUCCUUUGCAGUAUCUGGUGUGGGUAACAUACCCACUUGUUCUCAUACUGUUUGCGGCCAUCUUCUGCCACCUCGUCUCUCCACAGGCUGUUGGGUCUGGGAUCCCAGAGCUCAAGACAAUUAUGAGGGGAGUGGUCCUCAAGGAAUAUCUCACUCUCCAAGCAUUUGUGGCCAAAGUUGUGGGCCUCACAGCUGGGCUUGGAAGUGGCAUGCCUGUAGGGAAAGAGGGCCCUUUUGUGCACAUUGCCAGUAUCUGUGCAGCAGUACUCAGCAAGUUUAUGUCAAUUUUCUGUGGUGUAUACGAGCAGCCAUAUUAUUACACGGAUGUCCUGACUGUGGGUUGUGCUGUGGGUGUUGGCUGCUGCUUUGGGACACCACUUGGAGGGGUCCUUUUCAGCAUUGAGGUCACUUCCACUUACUUUGCUGUGCGUAAUUAUUGGAGAGGUUUCUUUGCAGCUACCUUUAGUGCCUUCAUUUUCCGAGUCCUUGCUGUUUGGAACAAGGAUGCAGUUACCAUCACAGCACUAUUCAGAACUAACUUCCGCAUGGAUUUCCCCUUUGAUCUGCAAGAGCUGCCAGCAUUUGCUGUAAUAGGGAUAUGUUCAGGAUUCCUUGGAGCAUUUUUUGUUUAUCUCAAUCGCCAAGUGGUCCUGUGCAUCCGGCGUCUUACAGCUCUAAGCCAAUUCCUCACCAAACACUUCCUCAUAUACCCCGGGUUCAUAACCUUCUUUAUAGCAUCUGUGACGUUCCCUCCAGGGUUUGGGCAGUUCAUGGCAGGAGAGUUGAUGCCACGGGAAGCCAUCAGCUCUCUCUUUGAUAACUACACCUGGGCAAAAUACACAGGAGAUCCUCAGAUCCUAGGGAAAUCUGCUGCCUGGAUCCACCCCAAAGUCAGUGUCUUCAUCAUCAUCCUACUUUUCUUUCUCAUGAAGUUCUGGAUGUCUGUCAUCGCUACCACGAUGCCAAUCCCCUGUGGAGGCUUCAUGCCUGUUUUUGUUCUGGGUGCUGCAUUUGGACGUCUUAUUGGAGAAAUCAUGGCAUCUCUCUUUCCAGAUGGGAUCCUCUUUGAUGGUAUUGUUUACAAAAUCUUACCUGGAGGGUAUGCUGUCAUUGGUGCAGCAGCUCUGACAGGAGCAGUGAGCCACACUGUGUCCACUGCGGUGAUCUGCUUUGAGCUGACAGGUCAAAUUUCCCACAUCCUGCCCAUGAUGGUAGCUGUCAUUCUUGCCAACAUGGUGGCCCAGAGUCUACAACCCAGCCUCUAUGAUAGCAUCAUCCAGGUGAAGAAGUUGCCCUACCUGCCAGAUCUGGGCUGGAAUCAUAUAAGCAAAUACAAUAUCUUUGUUGAAGAUAUUAUGGUCCAAGAUGUGAAAUUUGUCUCCUCCAACUGUAAAUAUCGAGACUUGCAAACUCUGCUCCAAAGCACCACUGUUAAGACUUUGCCUUUGGUGGACUCACCAGAGACCAUGAUCCUUCUGGGGUCUGUAGAGCGAUCCGAACUGCAGGCACUCCUCCAGAAACACAUCAGCCCAGAACGGCGACGGUGCCUCAACAGACAAAUGCAGCAGAAGCUGGCUGAGGCACCUUAUGAUGGACACAGCAAGGGAUCAGGAGCAACCCUGCCAAAGCUGAACCGUGAAUCUUUCGUUUAUGUUGAUGAAGAUGAUGAUACAGAUGAGAAGGCAGAGCAGCCUCAGCCACCAAGCCCCUCCCCUAGUCACCCAGAGGAGCCCAAUGGCCCGACAAAUCCUCUUAAACAAACACCUGAUAUUUUGGAGCCACAGCAAUUCUCAGAGAGUUUCCGGAAUUUGAGGCAACUGUUCCAGCAGCUCUUGUGCCCUUACAGCCGUCGACCUGAAACACAGAGUGCUGUCCAGGAGCCAGUGGAAGUCAUUGAGACAAUGACACCAGAAGAGAUAGAUGCUUGGGAACAGGAGGAGCUGGAAAAGGAUGUGUGCUUUGAAUGCUGCCGCAUAGACCCUUCCCCUUUCCAAUUGGUGGAGAGAACCUCCCUGCACAAGACACAUACAUUGUUUUCAUUACUGGGCCUCAGCCAUGCCUAUGUAACCAGUAUGGGGAAGCUAAAGGGAGUGCUGGCUUUGGAAGAGCUUCAAAAGGCAAUAGAGGGCUCCACACGCUCUGGAGUUCGCCUCCGCCCUCCCCUUGCCAGUUUCCGUGACACAAACCGGACUUCAAUCAGCGGUGAAAAGGCCAGCCAGGGUGCUCAGGUGUGGAGCCAGCAGGACAACAGCAUGGUGGCAGCGCAGCAAGCAGCAGACUUGGGGACAAAGAGCACACUGCCUCUCUACUCACACUCUCCACAGCCCUCUCACUUACAUGAUGAAGGGGAAGGCCAGUGCUCCAAUUAUGCCACUGAUACUGAGCUGGAAGAGAUGGAGCUCACAGGACCAGUUAAUGAAAACAUCUCAGACAUCCUGAAGGACAUCAGCCUACACUCCACUGAUCUGGAUGAAGAUGAGGAUGAAGAUGUCCCCUUAUAAGUGGUGUGAGGGCAUAGCCCAUCGUGUUGAGCCAGUCUUGAGUAUGCUCCUCAUAGAGAAGCUUUCGGAUGCUCUCUGUAAACCCCAUAGAGAAUUGAUUCAGUUGGGGGAAGGAACACAGGACUGAACCUUUUUUUCUGCUGCUUUAUGUACAAAUACCAGUUGGGUUAUUGAGCUGUGUACAGGAGUCAGAUGUAGUCUGCAUGGUGACUAAGGGAAGGCUCAUAAUGUUAAAGGCCUCUGCUUUCACUUGUGGUGAGCAAGUGUCUAUAUAACAUGUCAGAAAGGAUCAUAAGAGGACAUGAAUAUUACAUGAAUAUAUAAUCAGGAUGCCCUCGGUCAAUCUGCCAUAUAGAAAGUGGAGGGGUUGCAAAUCUUCUUAUUCUCCACUGGUGUCAUCCUUAUAGUCACACCUGACUAGCAUGCACCAGUGCAAACCAGACCUCCAGCCAAGAAGAAUACUGCUGCUGCUUCUGUCUGCAGUCCUGUCCAUGUUGCUCCUUUUGGCUAGCUCUUAACUUGCACCCCCCAAAACAUUCCCAUCUAGAACAUUUUUCCUCUUUCUUAAUUUUUACUCUGGGAUCUUCCUGAGUGGAAUUGCAGUUAGAUGUUUCUCCACUGACCUUUAGCAGAGCCAUACCCUAAAAUCAGGUGGAAGGAAAAUACUUGGUCUACAUCUCACGUCUUGAAUUCAGCCAGGGCUCAAAGAAAAGCACUGAAAGUGAGGAAAGCCUCUGUCUUCCCAUCUCCACAAUUUUUAAAUAGAAUGUGAAAAUCAUAAACAGGGGGCAUCCUCAGUGUUGGAGGGAGAGGAGUAAAACAGCAUGUAUGCACCUGUAUUUCAGUAUCUGUGUCUCUCUAAACCACUGUUGGAAUUUUUACAAAGUUAUAGUCUUAAAAUACAAUAACUUAAAAUAAACAUAUAUAUAUAUAUUGAGUGCCAAGAAUUACAGGAGAGGGAAGUCACAUUUUCUAUGCUUUGGAAACAGGUUCAUCAAUAAAACUCAUGCUCUUUUUCCUGGUAA